GCAGUCGAGGAGAGACCAGUUCGAUUUAUCUGCUAUCCUUUCUUUUUUAGCUAUGCCUGACUCUGUGUUGCACCUGCUGUUAAACUGCCUCUCAUGCUAGUGUUAGCUAGCUGUAUCCUGGUGUACUAUAUGCCUUCCUAUAAUGGUCUCUAUCACAACUCUACCUCAUUGACAGUUAACACGAACUGUAACCGCUGAAGACAAUGGGGCUGCCGCAGAGCUCCCUCCUGUCGGACGGUGGAAGUAACAGUGGCUAUCAUGUUCACGGAGUUCAAGAAGACUCGCCUGCUCUGAAAGCUGGACUGGAGCCUUUCUUUGACUUCAUUCUCUCCAUAGGGAACACCAGACUUAAUAAGGAGAGCGACUUGCUGAGAGAUCUGCUGAAGGCCAAUGUGGAGAAGGCAGUCAGGCUUGAAGUGUACAACUCCAAAACCCAGCGGGUGAGGGAGCUGGAGGUGACACCCAGUAACAUGUGGGGCGGUCAGGGGUUGCUGGGCGCCAGCGUUCGCUUCUGCAGCUUUGAAGGAGUCAACGAGAACGUGUGGCAUGUGUUGGACGUGGAGGAGAAUUCCCCUGCAGCACUCGCUGGCCUUAUCGCACAUGACGACUUUAUUGUCGGGGCUGACCAAGUGUUGCAAGAUUCUGAAGAUUUCUUCUCCUUAAUUGAAGCCAACGAGGGGAAGCCUUUGAAGCUGUUAGUUUAUAACAUGCAGACCGAAGAGUGCAGGGAGAUUGUAGUGACCCCUAAUGGAGCCUGGGGAGGAGAGGGAAGCUUGGGCUGUGGGAUUGGCUACGGCUAUCUGCACAGAAUCCCGUCUCACCCAGUUCACCCAAAUGUCCAGAACAGAAAUGCUCCGCAACCAGCAGAUACAAGCAGCAGAGAAGUGGAGACUUCGUCUGGUCAGACUGAGGUGCAUCUACUGAGUGAAAAUAGCCCAACUAAUGAAGCAGGUUUACCUGAAACUGAAGGAGUUAUGCUCGAUUUGAGCAAAAUCUCACUUCCGCAGGAGUCUGCAGACAUUGAUGCCUCCAUCUCUCCUGGAGCCAUAAUCUCAUAUUCAUCCGAAGCCGUUUCCACCAACGACGAAGGCCACAGCUCAGUGGUUGCUAAUUAUGGAGAUGACAUGCAUGACCAAUGUAGCUUUGAUGACUCCAUGUUUGACCAAAAGCUUUUAUCUCAAGAGAGGGAGGAAAAAGAUGAAGGCACUCAUCAAGCACUGCAAGAGAGUGUUGCAAAUCUUAGCGGCAGUCCCAGAGAGGAUGCAGAGGAUGCUGCUGCCCUCAACGACACCACAGAGAGUGUGGGGAUCAUCCCAGAGAUGCAGAAUCCUGACCCGGAGGCUUUCAGCUCAGGCCAUCGCUUAGAGCAGGAGAUGACUGAGCCUGAUGCAUCAGGCAGUUAAAUAGCUGCGGUAGCAAAGAGAACAGUGCAGAAAGAGGAUUAAGAGCACACGGUGAUGGGAAAAUGCUACUUUUUUUUUAUUUAUUUGAUUUUAAACUCUUAUCACUGGACCUGUUUUUAAGUUGAAAAGCCUUUUAUCUCUACCAGUGCCACUGUUGCAUGCUGCAUUGCACAUAAAAAAAAAAAGAUUGUAUCGACUGUUAAGAAUUGCAGAGACGGUAAAACAUCAUGAAUGUACUUAACUUUGUUUUAAGAUUUCACUAAAUGAAGCCUUAGUUGAGUUGUUGCAAAAAAAAAAAAAAAA